AUGAAUACGUCUAAUUCGAAAAACGAAAAAAAUCUCUUAAUUUAUGAUAAAUCAAGUAAAAUAGGAUGUAUAUAUUUUAUAGGUAUUAGCAGCAAUCUGUAUAGAGGGAAAAUAAUUCUAAAAAAAAAUAGCAUUAGUGAUAAAAUAGUGAGAUAUACCAAUUUAAAUGAUAACUUGUUGCUAAUAAAAAAUGGAAAUUUUAACUUCAAACAGACGGCUAUAUUAAUCAAAGGAAUAACUAUAUUUCUACAUAGACAAUUAGAAGUGCUGCUAACCGAUUUUUAUUCUAUGUACAAGAGAUGUUUAUUUAAUAGCUUAAAUGCAAAUAACGAAUUAAAAGGAAUUUUAAAAAAAUAUAAAACGAAUAAAAAAUUUAAAAUAAAAAAAAAUAUUAUGUAUUUACAAGAUGCUGCAAAUAGAAGUAGUAAUAAUGAUAUAUUAAUGAACAACACGUCUAAUUAUUUAAAUAAAAACAAAAACAUUGCAAAUAUAAAUGAUAUAAUGUUAAAAGAAAGUAAUGAAAUGUAUAUCAACGAUUAUAAUUUUGGAAAUGAUGAUAUUCAUAAUGAUCAAAAUGUUAUAUAUCAAGAUAUGCUAACCAAUUCAUCUUCUUUUGAGUGUUCAAAAUUUAAUAACUUUUAUACGAUUAAUAACGGGAUGUAUAAUUUAAAUACCAUAGGAACUAAAGGUGAAACAAAAACACAAAGAGAUACGAAUAAUAUAUUAUUAAAACUUAAUUUGCAGGAUGAAAAAAAAAGUAAACAUAUAGAAAAAAAUAACUAUUCAAAUGUUAGUUUAUUUGUAAGUAAAAAUUUAGAUAGAAAGAACUUUUCUUUGAGUAUAAUGAAUAACAGCUUAUUUAUAAAUGGUGAUGCUAUAAAUAGCAAAAUAGAAAAAAAUAUGGAAAAUAUAUAUGAUCAAAAUAAAAAAAAUAAGAAUAAAAGAAAUUUUGCACAAAUUGAUGAAGAAAUACUCUUACGCGAUGACACAUGGAAGAAUAUAAAAAUAAACAAAAAAAAAAAGGUACUAUCCUUUUUUGAUGACCAUUUGGAAAAUAUUAAUAACUUCUUUCAUUUUUUAAAUAACAGUAUUCAGGGGAAAAACUCAGUAAAUAAUAAUAAUUAUAUACCAAUUUUCAAUUUUCAUGAACCCACAAAGAAUUACUUUUCUUUGGAUGCUAGAGAAGAAUUAUACAAUAUAUUUGAUAAAAAGUUAAUAGAAAAUGAAAAGUGUAAUAUGCAGACCGAUAACACCAAGCUACUUCAAACUAAAUCAACAUUAUCUUCUCUAAAUGAAAAAACGAGAAAAGGAAUGAAUGAUCUAAAUAUGGAAAAGUUAAGAGGAAAGUUUAAUGAUGAUUAUUUCAUGAACAUAGAAUUAGAACAUAACCAAGAUAAGAGAAAAUAUCCAAGAAAAUCAGCUAAUUAUUUUAUGAACAAUGAAGACCUUGUUGAUUACAAUUUUGAUAGGAUAAGUGAUUCACACGACAUCAGUUCUGAACAGCAGAAGUUAAAUCAUAGAGAGCCUCGUUGCAACAACAUAGGCAGAACAGAUAUAGGUAAUAAUAAUAAUAAUAAUAACAAUAAUAAUAACAAUAACAGUAGUAGUGGUAGUGGUAGUGGUAGUAAUAUGUAUUUUCAAUAUAACUAUGCCUGUAACACAUUUAGCGACACUUUUAAAGAAACUCUAAGUGUCCCUUCGAGUAAAUUAGUUAAAAGAAGAUCUUUUACUUCAUCACAAUAUAAACAAAAUGAAGAAUUAAUAAGAUUAAAAGAUUACAUAAAUAAAUUAAGCGAAAAAAACCCUAAUGCUUUAGAAAUUGAUCGAAUAUUCCCUAUAAACAAAACAUCAGACAAAAGUAUUUCAAUAAUAUUCUAUAAUUUGCUUGUUCUAGCAUCAAAUGACGAAAUAGAUUUAUAUCAAAAAUUCCCUAGUGAUAAAAUUCUCAUACAAGUACGAUGA